GGAGCGUCGUCUGGCGGAGCUGUUCGGUUCGACCGCGCGAAUUUGAAUGAAUGCUCCCCAAGAUGGCGACAGCCGGGGCCGGAGCGCGGAGAGUGUGGUGUGUUCCUUGCCUAGUUUCACUUGAUACUCUUCAGGAAUUAUGUAGACAAGAAAAGCUCACAUGUAAAUCGAUGGGAGUCACCAAAAAGAAUCAAAACAAUUAUGAGGUGGAAUACUUGUGUGACUACAAGGUAGAAAAGGAUAUGGAAUAUUAUCUUGUAAAAUGGAAAGGAUGGCCAGAUUCCACAAAUACUUGGGAACCUUUGCAAAAUCUCAAGUGUCCAUUACUGCUUCAACAAUUUUAUAAUGACAAGCAUGACUAUUUAUCUCAGGUAAAGAAAGGCAAAGCCAUAAUUCCCAAAGACGACCACAAAGCUUUAAAACCUGCUGUUGCUGAGUAUAUUGUGAAGAAAGCUAAACAAAGACUAGCUCUGCAGAGGUGGCAAGAAGAACUCAACAGAAGCAAGACUCAUAAAGGAAUGAUAUUAGUUGAAAAUACUGUUGACUUGGAGGGCCCACCUUCAGACUUCUUCUACAUAAAUGAAUACAAGCCAGCCCCCGGGAUCAAUUUAGUCAGCGAAGUUACCUUUGGUUGUUCAUGCACAGAUUGCUUCCAUGAGAAAUGCUGUCCUACGGAAGCUGGAGUUCUUUUUGCUUACAAUAAGAACCAACAAAUCAGAAUCCCACCUGGUACCCCCAUCUAUGAAUGCAACUCAAGGUGCCAGUGUGGACCAGAUUGUCCCAAUAGGAUUGUACAAAAAGGCACGCAGUAUUCACUUUGCAUCUUUCGAACUAGCAAUGGCCGCGGCUGGGGUGUGAAAACCCUUGUGAAGAUUAAAAGGAUGAGUUUUGUCAUGGAGUAUGUUGGAGAGGUAAUCACAAGUGAAGAAGCUGAAAGACGAGGACAGCUCUAUGACAACAAAGGAAUCACAUACCUCUUUGAUCUGGACUAUGAAUCUGAUGAAUUCACAGUGGAUGCAGCUCGCUACGGAAAUAUUUCCCAUUUUGUGAAUCACAGUUGUGACCCAAAUCUUCAGGUGUUCAAUGUUUUCAUUGACAACCUUGAUACUCGUCUUCCCCGAAUUGCAUUGUUUUCCACAAGAACCAUACAUGCUGGAGAAGAGCUGACUUUUGAUUAUCAAAUGAAAGGUUCUGGAGAUAUAUCUUCAGACUCCCUUGACCAUAGCCCUGCCAGAAAGAGGGCCAGAACUGUAUGCAAAUGCGGGGCAGUGACCUGCAGGGGUUACCUCAACUGAGAUUUCAGGAAGGAGACCUGAUGAGAACCGUAUUUUAUUCCGUAAUGUUCAUAUUUAAAGCAUUUGAGACUCUUUGAUAUUAUCAAGAUUAUUCCUGUUAAUUUAAAGUCCAUUAUUUCAAGACAUUUGCCAAAAUCAUCACUGUUGAUUCUGAAGAGGACUCAGGGUCACAAAGACUGAUUUCUAACUUGAAGUAUAUGUAUUUGGUGAUUAGAAACCAAACGUGGAAGACAAACUAUUUAUGGAUGAACAUGAAUGCUUGGUCUGUGUGGUCAGGAAAGCGGCCCCUUGCAUGUUUUUGAACUCAUAAGGUUACAAUUGCUGAGAUGCAGCAUUCACCCUGAUUUCAGAGAAACAGUUGAUCCCAUUUGUGCAGAUAAACACAUUCUAUUUUUAUUUCUGUGUUGUUAUUCCUGUUUAAUACUAAUCUU